AUGACAUCAAACGUAUUGAACUCAGCAAACCCUCCUACCCUCCAGCCACCCCCACCCAACCUCGUCGCACCAGACCUUCCCAAAAUGGAGGCUUUACUUCACCAACAUGCAGAGGCUAUUGGAUUUAAGAUCAUUAGGUCUCAGAAGACCAAUUGCCCGUUUUCAAUCACUGCCUACGAAAUCGUGGACAAUGACCUAGCACCCAAACCUUCAGCAGAUUGUUCUCAACGAGCAUACCACUACGGCUCUACCACCAGUCGGCAGCUGGAUGAUUCGCAUCAAACAUCCCAACCACAACCACCCUCCCAUUGGCUCAGAGAUAAUCCCGGUAAAAGUGAGAGUGUCUCUGUCAUCAAGCAACAAUCUGCUGCGAUCUCGAACAAGUUAUCAUGCCUUACACCAACCAAUCGAUCACAAGCCCUUGCCAAAAUACAACAAAUUCUUGACAAGUAUCCACCAAUAUCUGUCACCCUUCAACCAUGCAGCCCACAUCCAACACCAGCACCCCUUUCCCAAGGUCUCCCAUUAGGAGGAGCUCUUCCUACUUGUUCUACGUCUCUUCCUGCCAAACAAUCAUAUCUUCUCCUGAUCGAUCGUAUCUUCCUCCCGACUCAACAUCAAGUUCAGUCCCUCCUUUACCUUUACCUGCGACGACAAGAAUCAAGAAUGUCAAACAGAAGCAAAAGAACUCCAGCUCUCUCCAAUGUGGUGUUGCAUACACCAAACCUACCCAAGCCACGCCCAUCCCUUGCUCAAACCGUCUCAUCUAAACUAUCCUCAAUAAGACUACAGGCUGUCCCACCAUCUUACCUCGUGAAAUCAGCCAGACCCACCAGCGUACCCGACAUAAACCAAACCCUGAUUCUCCAGGGAUUGGUCGAUUAUGAUUCAGACGGUUUUCCUACACCAGCUGCUGCGCCAGGAACACCUGCCACUCAUGCUCUCGACUCGGACAACUGCCUGCAGCUGCCCCCUGAUGGCAACAAAGACGCAGAUGCAAGCUUUGAUAUGGGUGUGUUGCUCCCACCUCCCACGGCCCCCACAAACAUGCAAGCCGUAUCAACAGAGAAAGCGGACACGACUGUCACAACUGUCACCAUACCCCCUUCCCUUUCAAUUGAUCGAGCCAAACCAAAGGUGGAUUCAAAGCUAGCCACAGGUGGUCCACAAACCGCAGUACGUAGGUCUAACAGGAGGCACAAAGACAAUGCGGACAUUUCCUUAGACACUGAAACUGGCCCAUGUCGGUCUAACCGCACCCGGAACACCAAAAAAGUGUCUAUUGCUAUGAGCCUGGGGCGCUCCGAGGACGAAUGGCUAUUGGUUUGCAAGGAGCUCAUUGCUGAAUUGCGUUCAAAGCAAAAAUUCUACACUUCCCACUUCAAAAAACGCAACAGAGGAUAUGGGGGCGUUGCAGAGCACAUGUCAGCCAUUCACACCGAACGCAAUGAGGUCCUCCAAUAUCCUGAGCUUUGGCUCAAUUCGACUCAAAUGUUGUACCUCAUUGCUACAACAUACAAAACCUUAUUCUGUGUAUACGACAAAGACCACAGCUUUUCCGCCCUACCACUUGAUUGUCCAGUAAACGACAAUAAACCAAUUUUUCUUGCUUAUCAUCAUGAGAGUCGCCAUUUCUUGUCUCUUUCUCUACCUUACCCUCAUCCCACUGUUCCCAUUCCAAAGCCGUGGACCGAGUGGCAUAAUCUUGCUUUACCUCAAGCCCUUGAUUGGAAACCACUGUUGCAUUCCUCCACCAAUUCUGUUGUUGUUGUGUCCGAUUCUGAGUAG